UCCGCUUUGGCUGGGUGCGCUUGCUUGUCGUACUUUGUAGUUGUGAUUUAUUUCAUUCAAUUUGUUGAGUAAUAUUCGUUGCUGUAGUUCUUAAUGAAGUGUUUUAUGUGUUUGUAAGUGAUACCAGUGAAAUCCUGAUGAAGGUGGUGACCAAUGCUGCUUCACACUGAAUAUGGCUGACGAAAGACUAGUGGUCCUGAACCGUAGUGACAACUUGGGAUUUGGAUUUUCUUUGCUCGGCGAAGCCGGUUUGCCACAUAUUAUUUACAAAAUUGAAGAAAACUCCCCAGCGGCUCGUAGCGGUGAGGUCGAGGCUGGAGAUGUAUUGCUCAAGGUUAAUGGGACUGACGUAAACCGGUUCACAACCAAAGAAGUUUUAAAAUGUUUGAGACUUUCGUCCGAUCCCGUCACUUUAAGACUGAAAAAGGACCCGGAGAUCAAGGCGAAUGUAAGACGGUACAUAUCGGCAGCGGCUGAGCGACGGGCUGCCGCGGCACGCACAAAACGCGACAAGUCAAGUUCACCGCCAUCAAGUAACUCAAACAGCAACACGAACAGUAAUUCAUCGAGUAAGUCAUCGAGCAACGGUUCCGACGUGGUGUCCGGGGACAGCUGCGAGGCGCUGCUGACGGAGGAGAAGGCGCGCGGAAGGCCCACGCAGCCCAAGUUCGAGGCCUACAUGAUGACCGGCGACCUCAUACUCAACCUAUCCCGAGUGGAACAUCCACAUCAUAACCAUCACGCGCCUACACAUCGCACACAUUAUCAUAGAUAUAAUUCAACGCCGGCGUCGCCGAGUGAAAAUCGUCUUGCGGCGCGAGUCGAACUGGCGCAGCGGCACAACUCCUCGCCCGAUACCGGUCUCGGUACAGAACACGCCAACAAGCUUUUCAUAUCUCAGCCGGCGUCGCCCGCGGGCGGCGGGCAGGCGGCCGGGGAGAUGACGUCGCGAGCGCAACACGUCGUGCGAACAUCGCGCUCCGAGGACCAUCUUCAGUAUUUCAAUGUAUUCCAGAAGGAGUCGUCUCUGAGUGCGGUGGCGGUGGACAUGGAGGAAGAUGUGACGUCAUCACUGAACACUCUGCUCGACGCUCGUCCAGACUCCGCCACGCCUGGACCACGAUCUGACAGCGAUCUGGAGAGGGACAGGAUCGUUUGGACAUACAAUGCGCCAGUGUCGUGCUCGUCUGAACGCACUCAGUGCAACGGCUCCGGCGCCACAUCAAACUCCACCUCAAUAUCAGAUGGCAUCUCACAAAGGUCGUCGUCGCCCGCGUCGCCGACGUCGGUAUCGUCGUCGGUGAUGUCGUCGCGCGCCACGCCGCCGCAUCGCGCCCACCUCCUCUCUACAUCACAACACUCGCAACACUCGCACAGACCUAUCAAUGGUGAUAUGAGCCUAUCGGAAGCAGUAUCAAAUAUAUCUAGUCCGGACUACCAAGACCAGGACGAUAUGUUUGACACUGGUCGUGACUGUCCCCGGAUGGAGUUGUCAGAUCCGUCUGACUCUGACUCCACGAUACUGGUGUCAGAACCGUGUCACAAGCGUGCCAAGUCAAAUUCGUCAUAUUCCAAUGAUCCAGACAGUGAUGUGACACUAAAUGGUGAACACAAAGACUAUAGAAUAGUGAUACAAGUGAAAGGACCUGACAAAAGUGUUAAUUCAAGUGAUAGUGUAAAUAAUAAUAAUAAUUUCACGCAAAAUGGUAAAGAUAAUGGAUGUAAUUCACCCGAAAAUCAAGGUUAUCAGGAGUUGGGUAGCGGUUCUGACAUUGGUUCUGAUGAGGGGUCAGACGGGGACUCGCUGCACUCAUUUCACUAUAGUCCCAAGGCUGUGGAUAUACCCUCUGCGGAGCGACUUGCCAAAAGAUUAUACCACCUCGACGGCUUCAAGAAGUCUGAUGUAUCUAGGCAUUUAAGUAAAAAUAACGAGUUCUCUCGUGCGGUGGCUGAGGAGUACGUGAAGCACUUCUCGCUGGGCGGGGCGACGCUGGACGAGGCGCUGCGGCAGUUCCUCGCCAGGUUCGCGCUCAGCGGCGAGACACAGGAGCGAGAGCGAGUCCUCGUGCACUUCUCACGCCGCUACCUCGAGUGUAACCCCGGCACAUUCAACUCACAAGACGCAGUGCACACGUUGACGUGCGCUAUAAUGUUACUGAACACGGACCUGCACGGGGGCGCGGCGGCGGGCGGUGCCGCAUUCCGCCGCAUGACUUGUGCAGAGUUCAUCGACAACCUCGCAGAUCUCAACGAUGGUGAUAACUUCCCGCGCGACACACUAAAGCAGCUCUACCACGCGAUACGCACUCAGCCGCUGCAAUGGGCACUUGACACGGAGGCGAACCAAGCGGCUACGACGGAGCAACGUACAGCACCAGUUGGCAGCAACCCAUUCCUCGAUGUGCCAGACCAGAGCCGUGCUGUAGAGUACAAGAAGGGAUACGUCAUGCGCAAGUGCUGCAUCGACCCCAACGGGAAGAAGACUCCGUUCGGUCGUCGCGGCUGGAAGAUGUUCUACUGCACGCUGCGAGACCUCGUCCUGUAUCUGCACAAGGACGAGCACGGCUUCCGUCGCAGUCAGAUGUCUGACAACCUGCACAACGCUAUCAGAAUACAUCACGCACUGGCCACCAAGGCGACAGACUAUACGAAGAAACAACACGUAUUCAGAUUACAGACUGCAGAUCAAGCGGAGUAUUUGUUCCAGACUAGCGACUCUAAGGAACUAUGUUCCUGGGUGGAGACGAUAAACUUUGUAUGUGCGGCGUACUCAGCACCACCACUGGCUGGCGCUGUCGGCUCACAGCGCAAGUUCCAGCGUCCCCUGUUGCCCUGUACGCACACCAAGCUCGCUAUGCGGGAGCAACUUGCUGACCACGAGGAGCGUGCGGCGCGGCUGGAGGAGGAGUUGGCGGCGCUGCGAGCUGCGCGCGAUGCUGCGCACACACAUGCGCACAACGCACACUCCCGCGACAAGGACCACUACCUCGUGCACGAGAUAAAGAGGUAUCGUACGUACGCGUACGUGAUGCGGGCGCGUGCGGGCGGUGCGGGGGCGGAGGAGGCGGCGCCCGCACUGCCCGAGAGACCGCACCCGCACCCGCAGCCGCCACCCUGACGCGCCAUGGCGGUGUUCGCCGCCUGCGUCCUCUGAUUGGUCUGCGUCCCGCCCCCGAACACGCCCCCGACCACGCCCCCGAACACGCCCCACGCGCCACAGGACACGCCCACCGUGCAACAUUACUAUCGUAUAUAUGACUAACCUACGUCUUGUUUCCUCUGUGAAUCCCUUUGCUUACUGCAUUCUGUUUUCCCGCCGCUAAAUAUUCACAAAAUUGCACAAACUCUGUGUUCUAUUUUUACUACAGUUUAUAGUUUUAACUGAGACCCUUUUAUGACCAAGCCCAACUCUUAA